GGAGUUUAAACUAAAGUUAUUUGUGAAUAUAAUCACGGGUUUGGGAGUAUAAGGGCAAUGAGAGCGAUGAUUGACACAAAUAUUGACUGGGAGCAACAGGCAGACUGCACGUUUGCAGCCAUCCGCGUCACAGUGAAGGAAUCAUAAUCUAAGCUUCCGUGACCACCGGAGGAGAGCGCAGCAGGAGGCGAUGAAGAAGGCACAGAAGCAACAGCCAGAGGACACAACCCCAGAGAAAGAUAAUACAAUUCAGGCCAAGAACUCUACCAACAGCAAGUCAGACGGGAAAUAAUGCCCUAGGCCACAUAUAUAUGUCCGCUUCGAGUCAGCACUCGUGCACAGCUGCCGCACUCGCUUAUAUGUAAUCUAUGUGUAAAUGCAAGAAACCGCACCUGUUAAAGCUUAAUCAUGUAUCUCAUACAAACAUCUAGUCCACAAGUGUUAAUUAUAAAAAGGUCGAUGUUUUCGUCUUAAACUACAUUAGUUUACCCUUGAUUAUUUGACAUUUUCUGUAGUUAGUCCACUCGUGAAAACGUUUUCUUUUAUAGGUAUAAAAGGAAUGUUUACUCACUGCCGAGCAUUACCUGAAUAUGAGGCCCACAUCUCUAGUGGCCUCGACGGGGACAGGAAGUUUGCAGCUUGUCAAAGAUCACCCUAAUUAUUCUUAUAUCACAUCCUAUCUAAACGUCCCUUGUUGCACAACUACAAGAAGUUGACUUUCAAUGUAGUGCACGCAAUAGUUUGAUACUGAAUUAAAAAAUAUUGAUUGAAAUGAAUUAGAUAAAUUAAAGAACAGUCAAGAAUAUGAAGUCAUAAACAGUGAAUGGCAAAGUGCAGGCUCCGGCAGUGAAACAUCGAGCACUAAGGACUGGCCAGAACACCUGAAGAACACCUGUCAACAUGUUAAUGUUGAAGCAUUAUAGUGACUUACAGAAGGAGAUGGGAGCCCAGAGGGUGACAGGAGUGAGCAAGGGUGCGGGGGGCUACCGGCCCACCGUCAACUGGCGGGAGAUCACCGUCAAGCGCCGCAACACCGCCGACAAGCAGGUCCUGGUCUGCAUCACUCUCUCUGGGGUCCUCAUCGUCGUCGUCGGCGUCGUCUGCACCGUCCUGGGCUUCCUCGUCAUCGCUAGUCAGUGUCCCUUCAUGUGGAUGGAGACGCCCGGGGCCUGCUACUACUUGGCUCGCCACAACGCCUCCUGGAGCAGCGGCAGGGAGUACUGUCACUCCCAGAGUGCCAGCCUUCUCGACCUCCACUCUGACGAGGAGAGUGACUUUAUCCAAGAUGUGAUGUUAGGCCGUAGUUGGCUAGGCCUACGGCGUAAAAAAGAUAGAGACGAUUGGAGGUGGUUGACAGGGGCCAAGGUGAACUACACCAAGUGGCAGAAUCCUAACUCAGUCCCCACUGACACUUCUCUCAGUUACUGUGCCAUGAUGGAGGAGUCCGGUGAUUGGCUGGCGGUCCCGUGUCACGGUGAAGACUCUGCUUACGUCAUCUGUGACUACACCCCAGGAUACAACCCGUUCAUGCUGGUGGGGCCCGUGGUGACGGUGUGUGGGCUGGUGGUCCUUGUGCUGAGCAUCGAGGUCUGCGUCAGGAGGAGGGAGUUCAUAGAGAAAAACAUGGAGGUCAUCAGCGACACGGAGGAUGACAGAGAGGUGGAUGCUGGUCUCGACAACUAUGGUUAUGCUUGCAAAGAGGACGAAGACCCUGACGGCGCAACACGGUGUCCCCGGGUCGAUCAUCCUGUGAAAUCAGCGACGUCAACCAACUCUUGGGUACAACAGUCUCCAACUCCCGGGGCAAGCAAAGAUAUUACUGGUCCCUUGGUGCAUGUGGUCCCCGGGAGCAGCAAAGAAACCAGUAGUCCAGUGGUAGACGAUGCACCUGAGGGCAGCGAAGAUACCAAUAGCCCAGAAGCACAGGGUUCACCCGGGGGCAGCGAAGGUACCAUUAGCCCAGUGAUAAGUCUGGCGUCUGAGAGCAGAGGUGUGAGUGGCCUCAUGGUACAAGUGGCACCAGCCUCUGCCUCGCCCUCGCUCCCACCGCCAUUGACGGAGGAGAGAUCUCGUUCUCAGGAACACCUCGAACUUCUCCUUUCACCCAAGACGCUAGAGUGACGUGCACACUGGACUCUUCUUUUUUUUCAACAAAUGUAUUCGCCUUAGUAUCCUCGAACCGAACAGUUUUGGCUCGAGUAACCCAUUCCUCUGGAAGUGGUAACGAAGAUGCUAUUGUUGCAAGAGUGGGCAAAAAUAAUAAAGGGUUAAUUGUGCCUUUAUCGUAUGUCAUUAUUAGGUCUGGUUGACCUAAUUUUCGUUAAGUUGUAUGGCCAUUGUUCACCAGGUCACGAACUCUGUGGUCCUGUUGACACCACCUACAUAAACUCGUUACGUCACACGUCAAACUGACCUUGUUUACAUCAAGGUAGAGUAAUAAUCUGUGACCUAAGAGGAUAAUAAACUGUGCAAUGUGUGGUAGGCCAAAGAGGCUCUGUGUUGCUGCUCUCGCUGCCACCAUGCCAAAGAGGCAUGUUGACAGUGGGAGCAGCAACAAAUGUUUUGUAACUGUGAUAUAUUACUCGUAAUAUCCCCGACAAAGACUCUCUGAUAUGUUACUUGCUUAUUUAUGAAAUUGUAGACAGACCGCUUAACAUUUGUUAAGCGUAAUGAAGUCAUUGUUUGGGAAAAACAUUCCAAGCAUACACACGCCUACACGCUCUCUCGCACGAGCAUAAAUACAUAUCAGUGUCAGCGAGUCCAGCGGGGAUUCAAACGGCUAACAUUUCGAACUGGCGUUCUUCCCAUGUAGGGGAGAUAGUGACUUGCUUCUCCUCGCCUCUCCUGAUAACCCGACCACACCGCCAGCUCCUACCGGCCGUGUCUCGACCUCCGCCAUCUCCCAACGGCCGCCUUAUAAUUACGAGAUAAGAUUCUGUAAGAAUCCGGCAGGAUAGAUAAGGCGUUCGGAAGGAACACUGAAACAGGAUUGUAGAUUUAUGGAACAGAUUACCGAACAACAUAAUCGACAUGGAAUCGCUGGAUUGUUUCAAGUAAAGGUUAGACAUGUAUGCUUGAGUAUAAAUAGGAGCUGCCUCGCAUAGGCCAAUCUGCCUUCUGCAGUUGCCUUAAUUUUCAUGUUUUUAAGGGGCACGGAUGUAAACUUGAGGCACAGAUGAGUCACAUUUUUAUUAUCACAUCUUUAGUGUGAGCAGUGUUAAGAAUUGAUAUUUUAUCUUAUUACUCUUAUUAGGGAUAUGUUAAUUAAACAAACCACAAACAAACAGUCAAACAAUUAUGUUACCAUAUUUAUUUAUAAUAUGGCGAAUAUCGCCCUGUUUUCUUAAUGAUGUGUUGGGCACUACACAUCUCAACUGUUUCUGCCUCGCUCAAAAACAUAAAUUACUGUCAGGCCUGCGUUGACCAACUGAGAGUCACAUCCCCUCCUGAUAUCUGAGGGAAAAGUCCUCAUUGUCAAGAUCCGAAAUUUUGCGCUUUCCUAUUGCCUCAUUGUCAAUAAAUCAGUCCCUUUGA